AUGAAGGUCCAUUGCCUCAUCAGUGCUCUUGUCACUUUUGGAGCCACAGCAGCAGAAGCCAAAUUCCCAGCCAAUGAACCCAGUUAUUUGAAUUUUGUCCUCCCGCCUUCCCUCCGCAAGAAUGAUACGGCCUAUGAACAUCAGCCAGCUCAUUUUGGAAACCAUUUUUCCGUCUUUGCCAAGGAUGGUAAUUUGGUCCAGAAGGUUUACUACGACGAAGACGAUAACUUUUGUUCCUACGACCCACCAGCUCCCAAGAAUGGAACCAAACCAAAGGAUCCUUGGGCACCCCCGUUCAUUGCCUUGAUUGAUCGCGGUGGCUGUACUUUUGUCACCAAGGUCCGCAACGCCCAACGCCGGGGAGCUUCCGCUGUCAUUUUGGCCGACAGCGUCGAAGAAGACAAGAUUCACGUCGUGGCAGACGAUGGGAGUGGCCACGAUGUUUCCAUUCCGUCCGUCAUGAUGAAAAAGUCGGAUGCGGAUGCCGUCAAACAUUCCAUGGGCAAGAAGCAUACCAUUGUGGCCGAACUUGCUUGGCACUGGCCUAAACACAGACACCAUGCGGAGAUUGAAUACUGGUACAGUCCCAAUUCGAUGCAUUCGGCCGAGUUUCUUGGAAACUUUUCGACCAUUGUACAAACCUUGGGCGAUAAGUUGAAUUUCACACUCCAUCAUCACAUUUUGGAUGGAAAGGACCUGGAUUGUCAUGGCAAGGCUUCCAAGGAAACCGAUUUUUGUUACAACAUGUGCACCAACAAUGGCCGAUACUGCACCGUUGGACACCAUGGAGUGCCCGGCAAGGAUGUCGUCAUUGAAUCCUUGCGACGAAUGUGCAUUGAAAAACACUACCCCGGAGACCCUUGGUGGGCCUAUUUGAAUCAUUUUACUGAACAGUGCAUGGAGCAAAAGGACGAAGAAUAUUUUGCCAAUGAAGAUUGUCUCAAGGAUGCCUUUAGCCAUGCUUCUAUUGAUCAAGCCACCAUUGAUGCUUGUAUGAAGGACUCUGGAGAUAUUACUUCGGACUCGACCAAUACCAUGUUGGAAGAAGCCAUGAAGUCGGUCGAAGAAUAUGGGGCUUUUGAAUCCCCCACGGUCUUGGUCAAUGGCGUUCCUUUGACCUGGAAUGCUCUAACUCCCAAGACUGUCUUUGAUGUCUACUGUCAUGCGUGGGAAUAUGGCAUGGCACCACAUGCCUGUUACAAAUGUGAAUUCUGUGGAGAUCCCGUUGCUUGUAUUGCACGUGAUCCCAUGGAAUGUCAUCCAGACGAUGGCAAGGAACCAGAAGACGGUCCAUCGCCCAGUCCCAGCAAGGGCAGUGGCAGUGGCAAAGGAAUGAAGGGUCGCCACUGGGGAUGGUUCUUUGUUUUCUGUUGCAUGGCAGGUGCCGGAGGAUAUGUCUACUACAAGAAGCGCAUGGAAGGAGGGGAUGGAUUUGGGUCCUACACUUUGGCAGAUGCGUUCAUGUCGGAUAGUGCUUAA